CACCAGCGGUAUUGAUUGUGACUUCAUUUCCCACAAUCCCACUCUUCAUGCAUGUCCUCCAUAUUGCCUUUGGUGAAUGCGCUGGUUGGAAAGGUUCUUAAAGCGCCACUGAAAAUCUUUGCUGUGAUGACCCAGACAGUUCAGACCAAUGGAGUGCAACCCCUCAGUAAGACCUGGGAGUUGAGCCUAUACGAGCUGCAGAGAACUCCACAGGAGGCUAUAACAGAUGGACUGGAGAUAGCAGUGUCACCCAGGUCUUUGCACAGUGAGCUCAUGUGUCCCAUCUGUCUGGACAUGUUGAAGAACACAAUGACAACCAAAGAAUGUCUGCACCGCUUCUGCGCUGACUGUAUCAUCACAGCGUUGAGAUCUGGGAAUAAGGAGUGUCCUACUUGUCGUAAGAAGCUGGUAUCCAAGAGGUCACUGCGCCCAGACCCAAAUUUUGAUGCACUUAUUAGUAAGAUCUAUCCCAGCCGUGAUGAGUACGAAGCCCACCAGGAGAGAGUUUUGGCUCGCAUCAGCAAACACAAUAACCAACAAGCCUUAUCACACAGUAUAGAAGAGGGACUGAAGAUACAGGCCAUGACCAGGCUGCAGCGUGGAAAGAGACACACAGUGGAGAACGGUAGUGGAGCUGAAGACAAUGGUGACUCCUCUCACUGUAGCAAUGCUUCUGUCCACAGCAAUCAGGAGGCGGGUCCAAGCAUCAAACGCACCAAGACGAGUGACGAUAGCGGCUUGGACAUGGAUAAUGCUGCUGAGAAUGGGGGUGGGGACUCUGUCAUUGAUGGUGGUGCCAGUGAAAUAGAACUGGUUUUUAGGCCACAUCCUACACUGAUGGAGAAGGAUGAUGGUCACAACAGUGUGGAGUUUGUCCCUCGCUACAUUAAGACAUCGGGUAAUGCUACAGUGGAUCACUUGUCCAAAUACCUGGCUGUCCGCCUGGCUCUGGAGGAGCUCAGAAGAAAUGCUGAAGCUAGUCCUGUUAAUGUGGAGGCAGCGUCAGAGAAGCAGUACACAAUCUACAUACCCACUGCUGGAAACCAGUUCACGGUUCUGAACGGUUCCUUCUCUCUGGAGCUGGUCAGUGAAAAAUAUUGGAAGGUCAACAAACCCAUGGAGCUCUACUUUGCCCCCACUAAAGAACACAAAUAGAUCCACACACAGGCACGAGUGGGCAGCAAAGUGUGGGACUUGACAACUACACCAGUGUGCACACAAACCAGUGAGAACGGGGCAGUGUCUGUCUGAAGGAGAUGAGGGGAGUCGGGGAAACCCUCGAAAGGACUUUUGUAAAAAGACAAACUUGUUUUAUAUUUACUGUAUCGUUCUUUGUGUUCGUUUCUCUGUCUUUGUAGAAGGUAACAGAUUAGUACAGCCGGCAUCGAGCACAACCUCGAUGUGGUCACGUUUAUGCUUUGUGUUUGACUUCGCACAAGAAUGCGCAUAACUUUUGUGGG